GGAGCUUCUGCCCGCCCCACUCCAAUUGAACCCUGGGUACCAUUGGCCUUGUCUUGCAGACAUCCUGGACGAGUGGUGCUCACUAAGUAGCCCUUUGAUGGCUUCAAAAGAUCAGCCCCUCAGUCCUGUGUUGCAGACUGGUGGCUUGCUCCUUCGCUUCCAGCGUCUCGCUGGCCUCUGCCUAUGACCUCUGUGUCUCCCAGAGGGGUAGACCCCAACUUCUGGGGAAGAGACACAGCAGGUGGGAGUAACAUAUACAAGAGGGGUGAGCUUGUCUUCCUGCUGUGUGGCAGCUGACUGCUAUAGGUACCUCAUGUCCUAAAAGAUGAUUCCAGACCAAAUGACCACUCAGAAGUUUGGCUUCUCUGGAAGAAAAAGAUGCCGCCUCUGGUGUGACUGAGCCAGAAGAUCUAGAAGUUCAGAAUCCCUGAAACUUGAAGUGAAAUCCUGGGGAGAGAGUCACCUAAACAAGGAGCACCCUGGCUUGAGAGCAGAUCUAAGGGGAGAGCUAUCUGAUCCCCAGCCCCACUCCCAAACACGCUACAGAGAACGAUCGUCAGAAACCUCCCCACUCAUCUGGAGCAAAAACAUAGACUAAGCCCGGGAGCUAAGAACAAAGUCGGAAACAGAAAUCGGACAUUGGACAGCUUCUGGGAAAGCCAACAGGAGCAGCAGCAACUACAAAGACCUUAUUCUACUGGACCUUUGUAGUGGGAGUGAUCAGGAUCUUUCAGGUAGGGGAAAAGGUGGUUGACCAGAUACAGGGAGCAGCAAUCAACUGUGAAGGAUCUAGUCCAAAUGGAGAUGUUUCUUAUAUUCUAGAAGAAAAAGAGCAGCAAAGACUGAGAAGGGAUCCUACCAAGAUCUGUCACUGGGGAAGGAAGUAGCCCAGUCUCGGACAAGGGGAUCAUUGAUGUAAGUGAGCCCUCUAUUCCUUUCCCAUUGGGUACUAAGAGCCUAGAUUGCACUGGAAGCUUUCUGAUCCCUUUCUCCCAAGUUCAACCAAGGGCCAUAAAGAUUGAGAAGACCUGAGGGAAGAUGGCUUCAACUGGGCUGGAACUCCUGGGCCUGACUCUAGUGGUGUUGGGCUGGCUGGGGACCCUAGUAUCCUGUGCCCUGCCUCUGUGGAAGGUCACAGCCUUCAUUGGCAACAGCAUCGUGGUGGCCCAGGUGGUGUGGGAAGGCCUGUGGAUGUCCUGUGUGGUCCAGAGCACUGGCCAGAUGCAAUGCAAGGUGUAUGACUCCCUCCUGGCCCUUCCCCAGGACCUACAGGCAGCCCGGGCUCUCUCUGUCAUUGCCCUGAUGCUUGCUUUGCUGGGUCUGCUGGUGGCUAUCACUGGAGCCCAGUGUACCACAUGUGUGGAAGAUGAGGUGGCCAAGGCAAGAAUUGUGCUGACCUCGGGCAUCAUCUUCCUCAUCUCUGGGAUCUUGGUCCUGAUCCCCGUGUGCUGGACAGCCCAUGCCAUCAUCCAGGACUUCUACAACCCCCUGGUGGCUGAAGCUCUGAAGAGGGAGUUGGGGGCUUCACUUUAUCUGGGUUGGGCAGCUGCUGCCCUGCUGAUGUUAGGGGGAGGACUGUUAUGUUGCACCUGUCCUCCACCUCAGCUCGACCGGCCUAGGGGGCCUCAGCUGGGCUACUCUGCUGCCUCAAGAUCAGGGGCCUCUGGUCUGGAUAAACGGGAUUAUGUGUGAGACAUGGAUAUCCCGAUUCAUCUCAACUAGGACUGAAAGGGCAUCUAACCCUAUUCUUUGGCCAGAGGUAAUCCUGGCUCCAGUGUUGGACUUGGCUUACCCUAACUUUAGCUCUAAAGCCUAAACCAAUGGACCGUUUCAAUCUUAAGAACUUUCUCCCAUGUUUCAUUAACCCCAAAGGAAAUCCUAUGUCUUUAUAUCCUAUUUGUAAACUACAUCCUAAUUUGGAUAGAAAUCCCUGCUUUACUGUAUUGUCAUUGUUAUUUCUUCCAAUAUUGGCUUCAUCUGCAUAAAAAGACCAAUCCUAUCUCAAAUGUCUAAGUGAGAUGUAACUGGGAAUGGGCCCUGACUAGAACUCCUUUGUUUCACCAGUCCAUUAAGACUCAGAUCUACCCUCCACUCCCAAAGCUGUUUACCCUCCCAGAAUCCAACAGGAACAAAUUAAACCUCAGACAUCCAAAUAAAGCCCCUGCUUCCUCAUUCCAAACCCCACCAGACAUUUUGUUUUGGGCGGGGCAAUGAGGGUUAAGUGACUUGCCCAGGGUCACACAGCUAAUAAGUGUCAAGUGUCUGAGACCAGAUUUGAACUCAGGUCCUCCUGAAUCCAAGCCCGGUGCUUUAUCCACUGUGCCACCUAGCUGCUCCCCUCCCCCCCAUUCUAAAGUCUAAACCCCUUAACUGGGCUUAGUUUCAAUCACCUGCCCCACUCUUCCCUUUAUGAUCCUUUAGACCUUUACCAGAGCUUUGUGAUUUCAGAGCGGAAGUGCUCUUACACAAUCCCAUGCAACCUCAUGAGAGGGGGCAAGUAUUUUCCCCAUUUUUUAGAGAAAACAAACCCAGAGAGGUUAAGUGACUUACCUGAAACAUCCUAGACCGCUCCCUCCCCCUUCCCCAAGAGCCGGGAUCUCCCAAGUCUUCUCACUAAUUGCAUACUCUUCUGAGUUUUAACAGUGGAUCUACCACUUCUAGCCACAGUCCCCAUGGAAAGUUAAAAAAAAAAAAAGAAGCACCUAGCCUCUCCUUAAAACAAAGUCUUAGAUACCUCAAAUACAUCUAGCCCCAAUUCCUACUUCUGCCCAGAUCUAUCACCAGCUUUUAGGCAAAGGAUAAUACCUUUGGCCCAAAGACUUCAAUUUCCCCUCCUUGGCUAGGAGCCCAGCUAUCCGGUCAUCUAGUUGUCUGGACCCAGCAGCACCAGCUUCCAACUCUACCGAUAAACAGGAAUAAAGGAAGUGUUUUAUAA